AUGCUAAGUUUAGGUAAUUCAAAUCUCCAAAAUCAAGGAAAUUCAAAUAAAACAGGAAUCCCUUCAAAGAACCUCCCAUCAUUGUGUUUACAAGUGAAACUCCAUCUCACAAUCAAAGUAACAUAUUCAUUGUCUAUACAAUCAAUUCAGGAUCACAAUCUAGUGUAUUCUAGUCAAACUAGUCCAUCAAGAAGAACCUAAGAUCAACAAGUUAAAAUAGAUGCAGAAUUAAGACCGAUCAACAAAUUCACUUUUCAUUAUCUUCGCACAAAUACAAGAAUAAAGACUCUACUAUCUCACUAUGUUCUUCCUUCAACCAGACGAACUCAAAACUACUAAAAUAUAAUCACUCUACUAAUUUUCAGUUUAGUAAUUUUAUUCAUAUAUUUAUUAGUUGAUUCAAAUCAACAGUAAAAUAAUAUAGACCCUUUCGAUUUAAAAUUAGGGAAGAGCUUGUUUAAAUAAGACAGAAUCCAAGAGGCAUUGAUAAUAUUCGAAAAUUAUUUGGUAUCUUACGGAAUCCAUCCUGAAGCACUUUAUUUAUCAGCACUUUGUUAUCAACAACAGAAUCAAUAUGAUAAAUUGAUAUAAUAAUUAGAAAAAUUGAUUUCCGUAUUCCCAACAUUCCAAAGGGAUGCUUAUUUGAUAUUGGCUAACACUCUGGCUUAAAUGAAUAGAAUUCAAGAUUCUAUCAACAAUUUAACGCUGGCAAUCAGUAAUUUUAAUAGAUUUUAUGAUGCAGUAUUAUUAAGAGCAUAAUUGUAUUUAAAGUCUAAAUUUACACAUAAAGCUAUAUAAGAUUUUAAUUAAUUAAUUUUAAUUAACCCAAAAAAAUCAAUCGCGUAUCUUGGUUUAAGUGAUUGCUUUGCAUAAUUGAACUAAUUGCAAUUGGCUUUCAACAAUUUGAAUAAAGCUCUUUAAUUAGAUUUAGUGUCCAAUCCUAAACCAAUAAUAAUAAAACUAUUUUGGUUAUUUUUUGAUGUCUCAGAUUACAGACAGUCAAACUAUUACUUGGACAUUUUAAAAUAGAUGUAUUCAGAAGAUUCAGAAUCCGCGUAUUUAAAAGGGCUUUGGUUCAAGAAACAAAAUCAUACUUAGGAAGCUUAUCUUGCAUUUGAAUAGGCAGUUUAGUACAACAAUAAUAAAUUAUGCACUACAUAUGCACUUUUAGAAAUAGUAAAACUUGAAAUUGAUAAAAACAAUUAUUAUUCUGCUUCUCAUUAUUUAGAAAGAAAGGUAAUUUUAGAUGUUUUUAAUGAUUAAUUUACAUAAAUCGAUCUCUUUGUAGAAGGAACUCUACUCCUGAUGAAAAAAUAAUUUGAUAAAGGUGUCGAAUCUCUUUCCUAAAUGAUGUUAUAUACUAAAUAGGAGGAUUCAUUAAAAGUCUUAGCUUUACAAUUUCGAGCCUAUGGAUAUUUUUGCUUGUCAAAUUAUCGUCAAGCUCUAAAAGAUUUAUUAGAAUGUGAUCAAAACUUAUUAGAAAAAGCAUCUGUUUAUAAUAUAUUGUUGUGUCGAGCCAUAUUAAAAUUUGAAGCAGAGGAACUGGAUUCUAGCUAUCAGCUUUUUUCAGAGGCAUACGAGGUAUUCAAAACUAAGCAAGAACCAUACUUUUAUUAAGCUACACUAUUAAUAAGAAAAUAUUGUAUAAAUAUUAAUGAGGAUAAUCGAAUUAUCUAUUUAAAUUAAGCCUUAGAGAGUCUAUAGAAGGCAUUAUCGAUUCGAGAAUCACCAAAUGUAUUAUUUUAUAAAGGGAUUUUGAACUUUGCAUUAGGCAAUCUUGAUUAGGCAGAAUAGGAUUUAGAAUAAGCGAUUGAAAAUUUUAAUGAGAAUUAAGCAUUACACUUCUAUGUAAGAGGACUAUUACGUAAUUGUCUCAAAUAAUAUGAAAUGGCUAUUUUGGACUUUAAAAGUUGUUUGCAUAUGGAACCAGAAAAUUUAUAAUCUUAUUUGAAUAAAUGCAGAGCAGAAAUUCAUAUAGGUGAUCUCGAAAAUGCCUACCUUGAUCUAAUGAAGUAUGUUGAGAAUUGCAAGGAGGAGAAUCUCAAUUAUUAGGUGAUUGGAAUGCUAUUUUUUUAUAUUGGAAGUUUCGAAGAAGCCAUUUUCUCUUUAAACAUGGAUUCAAGCAUUGUUGGCCAAUAUCUAAAGAUUAAGGUAUUAAUUUUCAACAAAGAGUUGAGUCUGGCUCAAUCAGAGUUGCAAUUGAUUUCAGAGAAGAAUUAGAAGGCUAUGGCAGAUUUUUAAUUAGUAAGAAUUCUUAAUUUAAUGUGUUCGGGUGAAAUUUACACAAAUUUAUAAGACAAUAUCUCUGUGUUAAGUGGGAUAUAAAUGAAUGGAUAGGAAGGCGAAAUAUUCAAAUAAUCCCACAUAUGGUUUUAUUAUUGUGUAUUGCUCACAUAUAAGGGGGAAUAUUAAUUGGCCCAAGAGUUUUUGAAUCUUUCUUAUGAAUUGGAGAGAAAAUCAGAAAAUUUUAAUAGUAAUGAUUUUGGGAAUCAGAUCUACACCUUCAAGGAAUAUCUGUUUAAUAGUGCUUUACUAAAUUUAAUGAUGAAUAAAAUGACAGUGGCUAUAGAAUUAUUAAAUACUUUAUAUGAUUAAUUAAAUUAUAUGGAAGAGAAAGUUGAAUUGUAGAUAUUUAUAAAAUAGAUAAAAGACGACUUGCAGGAUACGGAUAAGAAUAAAAAACUAAUCACUUACGAUGAAUUUUAUUUGUUUCAGUAAAAAAAUCGGCUUAGUUCACUUUUUCCAGUAUUGCAGUUGCCUUUGAAGAAAUACAAUGUAACAACCAAAUUGUCCUUUUGUUUGCCUAGGAUUGAGUUUCCCUCUUUAGAAUUCGUGUUCGAUGAAAAAGUGCUUCAAAAAAUUUCGGUAUCUUUUCUAUGUUAGGACUAGCCGUAUGUAGUAGAAAAUUAUCCUGAGGCCCCAUGGAUCAAGAGGAUUAAAUAGGCCAUAGUAUUCACUGACAAUUUGAGAUCGAUAGGUGAGGAUUUGGAAUCUACGAUAAGAGAGAAGGAAGAAAUUAAGGAAAUGAAUUAGGUUGAAUUUGAUGAUGAAUGA